AUGGGGCGACCGACUCGAGCGGCCGCCAAAGAUUUGGCGACCUGGAAUUAUGCUGAAAAUCGUAAACGGCAAGCUGGCGAGGACAUUUGGCAACCGCCGCCGGCUAAGAAAAGGAGACAGAAACAGCCAAUUGCGAAUGCGGCGCAGCAAGCUUUGGCUGCUGGGCCUGUGGGAGGUGCUGGACCUGUCAUAGCUGCUGGACCUCCAGCUGCACCGGUUGACGGAGGGGGAGAUGAUGGAGAUGACGGAGGGGAUGAAAAUGGAGAUGAUGAAGACGACGGAGGGGAUGAGAAUGGAGGCGGCGAUGAUGGAGGCGAUGAUGGAGGCCGCGGCGAGAAUGGUGAGAUACCGGCUGAACCUGGUGAUGACUCUUCCUCCCUUGAAGACAGCGACGAUUCACCGGAGCCUAUUCCACCUCCCCCCGUCGAUCCUCGAUCUGCCGUCCAGCAAGCGGUGACUGAUGGAGCAUCCAACGCUUUCGAAAUAUACCGGACAGUCAUCCAUGAUCGAGAUGACAGUGAUAUGUGCUAUACUAUCAUGCAUCAACUUUUGAAUGCACAUGGGUCGGGCGUUGAUUGGGUAAUCGCAUGGCCGAUUGAUGUCUAUCUCACCCGAGGCAUUGAUUUCCCAACCAUAUGGUCCAACAGGGCUUUACCUGCUGAACCGUUGGAUGACUUGGAACAGCUGAUACAAGGCUGGUUCAAUGCUGUGGGAAUGUACCUGCCGGGUGGACCUAAUGAACCUCCGCCUGCAGUGGCGCUCGUCACUCAGUUGGCGGAUCAUUUCGCCAACGCAAUGCAGAUUGUCAAUGAUUUCGGGAUUAGACUGAUACCCCCGAUCUACGAUCCGGCAUCCACCCAACAAUUUUACAUUGAUACCGUCAGGGGUUUGUUCGAAACCGUCGAGAAUUGGCGGAAUGAAAUCGCUCUCAUGGUGGUGCGCAUGGGCGAGGAAGCCGGAGAUGAACUGAGAGAAGCCCUCCGAAACAAGGCACCUGGCUUCAACGCUGGAGUGGCCCCUCUAGCGAGGCCGGAAAGAGAUGUCAGCCGAAUAUGGUGGUCUUCCUUGACCGCUGACGUGAACCUCGAACGAGGGGAAGGCUCCGCGGGGUGGUUUGACGCUUUACAUGACUAUGCGCUCAAAUGUGGAGAUCGUCAUAAUCAAUAUGCUCUGCCAAACCCGCUCACUCCAAUAACGGACUACAUGAACCGCACAAUCACUUAUGCUGCCUUCUGUACUGCUCUCGAGACGCAUACUAUCACACUCCGUGUGGCUUGCAUUGUAUCUGUCGGAGUAACGUGGCGAGACUUCAUACAGCAAGGACCAACGCUUCUCGUCCGAUCGCAGCGGUACGACGAAUAUCGGCAGAUGAUCAGUAUUGUCGACGGAGGUCGAUGGCCUUAUUACCCCUCCACCCAGGCCGAAUUCGACCAGUUAUGGCGAAAUGUAGACCUGCGGCAGAGGGUUGACGUAUCCGUCGAGGACCUUGCCCAGUUCGAAGUAGUGCGAGCUGCGGCUCUGAAUGCGAUUGCCGGAAAGAAGUUUGUCCAAUUGCCAGCCCUGGAUGGUAUCGCCACGGAGCGAUUCCUAGAUGACGCCCAAUUCCGACUUGAUACUGAAGACCAAUAUGAAGUCUUAUGUCUGUGGGAUAUUGCACAACAAAGGAAACUCGAACUUGGGCAGGAAACGAUAACUCACACCGCCCUAUUCGCCCAAAGGUUCCUGCCUGAAUUUGCAGUGGGACCAUUAUAUAUGGAGCGUGAUGCUCAAUGGCGUGAUUUCGCAAGGAGAGUGGAUGCUCUAGUCAAUGCUCCUCUUUCCCUGAACACGAAAGCUCGAUUCAGAGACAUUUCCCAUCGUGUGUUGGACUUUCGCACCAGGUUCGGUUUCCUCCUGAUGGACGGCCGCAUUCGUCAAAAUCCCUUGGAUGAUGUGUUUUGUCUCUCUCUUGUCCUGGAUAUGGAAAGGGAGAUGACCGCGAAAGCAGAUGAGAUUUGGACCUUCUACGAAACCACGGUCUACCGCGCCGACGACCCGAAUGAUAUGUUCCUGCAGAAUCUACGCCGAGAUCGUCGUGAUCAACUCAAGAGGAGAGGUUUGGAUUAUCCGCUACACGAAGAAAGUCCGAACGUCGCGCUGAGUAGAGGCGCACAAGUGGCCUUCGAUUUAGGGUUUGGAGGAGACCGUAGCGGUAUUGCCGGCCACUGGCAUUUCCAGGGCACGACUGGAGCAGGAGGUUUCGGUCAUGCUGGGCUAUGGUAUCAGUAUAGCAACACUGGUGCGGUUCUGGAUCGAAUGAUUGUCAAAGAGAGUUAUUUGGACGACAACUUCAAUGUGGCAACGUACUGGGUUGGGGAGAUGUGUCGUCGAGUUGUGAAGGAGGAGGAUAUCAGUGGAUACUUAUCUAAUCUACCGGGCUGCGAUAAUACCGUGGCUUCGCAAGGAUAUGGUGUUUACGAGGGUCGGAGAAUGCACAGAGUGUACAUGGAGUAUWGUCGACACGGCGAUCUCGACAGCCUCAUCAGACGUUACAGAAGUCUCAGUGCGCAGAAUCGUGUGGCGAGCGAUGGCACGCCCUUGGUGUAUGAGCUACCUAUAAGGCUACUCUGGGCUGUCAUCGACGCACUAGUCUCUGCCUUGUCAUAUAUGAAAUUCGGAACGGAUGUUGCUCCGGCUGUGGCCGGCCAUGUUGCAAUCAUUCAUCGCGACUUCAAGCCUCCAAACAUCUUUCUCGCAGAUGCACAUGCUACCAAUUGGACAGGUAUCCCAACACCUAAACUGGGCGAUUUCGGACAAGCGACAAGGAUGACAGACGGCGAUGCUUUCGACGUCGGAAUGGGAACUCGAGGCUUUACCGCUCCUGAAGCGAUUGCAUACGCCACUGUAGGCCGCACAGCUCGCGCAGCUCUAAACCCCAUGGGCCCUCAAGCCGACAUCUGGGCUCUAGGAAGAACAAUGCAUGCACUCAUGUCCCUAACCCCCAACUACCCUAUCUUCGAUUACAACACCGAGCUGACCCAGGCGGAAUUAAUGGCCGGCUGCUCGUCGGAGUGUCCCCGGGAACUCAUUAUUUUGGUCGCGCGGUGUUUGAAUAAGACUGCUGCUGAACGACCUACGAUUGAGGAAUUGCGGGAGAGUGUUGAUGGGAGGAUUUUUAGGGGUGGGGGGGAUUGUAGGACUGCUGGGCCUGGGGAUGAUGAGGUUGAGGUUUUGGAUUUUAUGAGGGAUGUUUAUGUUGCUUUUGCGAAUCCACCGUAG